AAACUGACCCAGUGAUCGAUCCCUUCUCUUCCUCCCUCCGUUUGCUAGUAUUCGGCGUGACCUAGAGUGCACCGGUGCGACGUAGGUCGUGGCUUGACCCACACACGAUCCGUGAAUCCUUGUGGACAUCGGUGGCGACCGCGAGGCGGGAUAUAGAAGAGGUUGGUUGGAGAGAGGCGAUGCUCACACGUGCACCUCGGGGCAUUCACGAGUUGGCAGUCGGCUGUUGAAACCCGCCCGGUGAAUGCCUCUCCAGCCUCUCCUCUCCACGUAUUUUUAUCGACCUUUCGAUACACCCAUGGGGUUCGCGUACACCGAGGAAUUUCCAGGGAUGAAUUAUCGCGCGCGGCUAAAUAAUUCGUCGAUGCUUGCUUCGUGAAAGGAUCGAACGUUGUUGAAAACAUCGAGCGUUGUAGAAACGUCGACACCAGUGACGCGUGACAUCGAAGAAAGUGAAAUGCGAAUCUAUCGUAUCGGACAGGAAGCUAUCGGAACGGUCCCUGAACUCUGCUCGCCAAGUUUCGCUCGAUCUUCGAAUCGAAUUGCCACAAUUUUUCACCAUGUUCGUGGAGAGAAAUUCAGUGCAAUUAAAACGGCGACACGCAUCGGCGAGGACCUCAUGCGAGACCGUUUGAGCGAUCGAAUUGUGCAGAUAUUAUGGUUGAACGAGAUUGUUUGUGUCUGUUCGUUGUAAUGGUAGACAUUGUGACAAGCAUACCAUUAGAUGAUCGUUGGACCGUGAAUUUAUUUUGAACCUCGAUUGAAAAAAGGAUAUUCAAUCUGCUUGCGAGAAAUACGAAGUGCUUACAGUUUGGAAAACGUUUUAAGAGAAAACAGAUCUGGCGCAGUGCUACAAAUAACUGUUUCAGGGAAGAAAGGGUACGAGAAAUCGGUUGCCUUAAACGGAAGAAAAAUGUUCUCCUUGUUUUGAACUCGUAAUGUAACGUAAUAACGGUUUCGACGAUUUUUCGCGUGUCAGUGGAUCAGUAGGUUCUUUAACCAUAUCGUUUGAUUAGCUUUUUAUAAAAAUUCGCGGAUGAACAUUCCACUCCACGUAUUCAUCGAUUAAUCAAUUUCUGUUUUUCACAACCCAGCAUAACGUUUACCAUUCAACCAUAAACAAAUUGAUUCGUCCGAGUGUUCAUUAGAUUCUUAUCGCGACAAAUUGCUGUGGAGCAAUAAAACGAUGGUGUCAAUUCGAUUCGCGCGGCACGGUGCGUGAAUCAUUCGAAAUUCGCGUUGGGACGCCGUUAUAUUGGUUUGUGAGAAAAUUUGCACGACGAAAGGUCUCUAAUGUGCCACACAAGAAGAUGAAUGGUCGUGGACAGUCGCGACAGGACGCGUUUCGAAGAACUUGUUCUUUUCCAACCGAGUGCGCGAACAGGAGCCGUACACGAUGGCAGUACAUGAUGAACAAGUGUGGGAAUAGUCGAGUCACCGGCUACAGUGACACUAAUCACGUUAACGACACAAGGAUAAUAUGUCGCGUGAAAAGUAGCAAGGACACGUGUACCGGUAUCAGUAAUGAGACUUUAAUUGUACGUGUUCGCAUCGAGCGUUUUCUCGUUUUAAUGGAAGAAAUCUUAAUUAAACGAAAAUUGAAAUUCAACGGAUACUUGAAGAGUGGAUGCACGUCGUUAAUAUUACAUAAUCAAAUCCUACUCGUACUUCUGGUGAUUAGUACAAAUACACGGAUGAAAACGUAAAAAUCGCUUAAACGAUCUUGCGUUGAAGUCAGGAGGUAAUUUAUCUAUUCUACGAGAAGAUAUGUUAAUAAAAUCGCAUAGAAGAGAUUUCAAUCUUUUCGCCGGUAGAAAAAGAAGAAGUGCAAGCAUAGGCAACUAUUUUAUAAAAAUACACCCUUCGAGAGAGUCGAGCAACCCAUAAUUACACAAAUACGAAUACAUUUGCAAAGACAAAGACAAUGCCGGAUGAUGUUGGCGAGACAUCGUGCGAGAAAAAUUCUUCAUUGUUCGAGGAAUGUGGGCGUAUCGAGCAAGAUAUCUAAUCGAUAAGAAGAAAAGUCUCUUGAGAGUAAAGAAAAUUACAAAAAAUAUUUUGCACGCAGUGUUAUCGUUAAUAUUUUUUUUUGAACGAGCCAAAUUGUAAGAACAUACAGAAUUUUAGAAAACAAUGAAGUAGGAAAUAAAUGAAGAUCUAUGCAUCUAUGUUUCACUUUAUAUGUGUGUAAAGAUUUUCAAAAUUUUUCCGGUAAUAAAAAAAAUUAUAUUAUUAAUCGCGAAUAAGAAUUGAAUAAGAAAAAUUGAAAUAUUGAAAUUGAAUCCUGAAGUUGAAGAAUAUCGAUAGCUGACAAAAUGGGAAACACGAGAUCGCAACUUUGCCGACGAAGCAAAUCACCUUACCUUCUCUACCUUAUCCAUAGAACAUGGAGCAUUGUGACCGAUCAUCGGAAAGAUCAAACUCGCUCCGAUGAUACCGAUCGAGAAACUGAUUUAUCAUCGAGAUGCAGUGGUUGCAACAGAUGUGAUUUCGGACAAGACAGUCUUACGUUCGACAGUGAGACGGACAUGGCUCCGAACGCGGAGGAGGAGUUGUUGGUGGUGAAGCCGUGGGGGCCUCAACCGGAAAAGGAACGAUUAAGACCACCUACGUACAACGCCGAGGACUACGCGAUCGCUCUGAGACGAUGGGGAAGACGUCCAUUAGGAAGUGUUCAAGACUCGCAGGGUAUGCCGUCGACAACCAGUUCGAGUUCCGGUUACGCUUCCGGAAGCGGAGAGAUGACCUUGAGACAAUUCACCUCGGUUAGCGAGCUUCUGAACAAGCUCAGAGCCGACCUCAGGCUAGCCUUUCCAAGCUUCGUUCAGGAAUUCGCUUCACCGCCAGCUGAUGGGAUAACCUUAUUGCUCGAGACGCUUCGCGGCGUCCAAUUGGCCCAAAGUUCACCACCCUCUUCCGGCCACACGGGGCCAAGAGUAGGAACCAGAAGAGCCGCUUUGGACGAGUUGGGUUGUGUCGAGUGUCUGGCUGCCUGCACCGAACGAUGCAGCGAUGCACCAAGGCUCCUAGUGCAAGCUCAACCCGGUCUUCUCGCUCUGGCAGUUUGUCUGACUAGUAGCUUGAACCGGUCUCGAGUCCUAGCUCUCCAGUUGUUGACCAAGGUCUGUCAAACGCCAGGUGGUCAUGCUGUAGUUUCGGAAGCUGUCUCCACCCUUAGGUUAAAAUAUGGCGAAGGUGGAAGAUUUCGUUUCCUUGCUGGCGCUCUCUUGGCUCCCAGAGCAGCGAUUGCACUGAGAGUGGCAGGAGUUUCGUUCCUUAACGCCUUCCUAAAGUCUGCACCGCGAACACAAACCAGAUUAUACAUUCAGGCCGAAGCCUGCGAAGCUGGUCUAGAGCCGCAGGUCCUUCAAGAAUGGCUGAAAGAAUUGGACGGCAGGGAAGAGGAUACUUUGAACGAUCUUCUACAUAAGGAGGUUCAGAAAUGGUCGCACAACUGCGUGGACGUGGACGCCCUACAGCGACGUGUCGUACGUGCAGAGGAAACUUGUAGGAUACUGAGCAAAAAAGUUUCGGCUCUGCAAACGCAGCUUCAACAGAUGCAAUUGGAGAAGUUGAACAAUUAUAAUAAGCUGGAGGAGCGUGAGAAGUUGACGGCUCUUGGAACGACGAAACAGUCGCCGAAAAUGUCCUCGAACGCGGAAGACGAGGGUAUCAGCUCGUCGGAGAGAUCGAGUAGCCCGGAGAAUACGAAGCAUCAAUCUCGAACGAAUCAAAAAGUAAUGAACGUGUCUCCGGAUAAUGAUCAGGAAACCACGAUCGAUGACGUGAUCGAAGAACUGAGGAUUAUCGUGAAGGAUGCGGAAGAAGAGAUCGGGGACAAAAACCGGGAACAAAAUCGAAUAGAUCACGCGAAUCCGAAUUUUUAUAACGAGAAUUCUUCGAAAAUUAAGUUGCAUAGAACCGAUUCGAAAGUUUCUUUGAACAAUUCCGAUACUUAUAUUUACGACAAGGUUUUAAAGAGAGAUCAUCAAACGGACACCAAGAUUUCCAUGUCGACGAACACGGGCUCCAACAUGUCUCAGAGUGUGAUCAAAGGAGAGCAGGUGACUUAUUUUGGUAACGAUCGAGAUUAUAGUAUAGAUUCGAGCAGUGAUAAAAGAAUGAACGGCGAAAAACGCAGAGUUUCGAAGUCUUCCUCGGUGGAAGGAAGCGUGAAGAUCGUUGUGAAGGGACCUGAAGUCGAGGAAGCGAUCGUUCCAACUAUUCUACAUCCUCAGCCACCUAGAAGAUCACCGCCUUGUUUGUCGGCUAUCAUGGCAGUAAGGCAUUGUGACUUUAUCGAUCAAGAAGAGGCGUUCAAUUCUCACGAUGAAGAUAUAGAAGACGAAACGUUGGGCGAUGGUAGCGACUCUCUCCUUAGUGCUUCUCGACUCAAGUACAACAGUAAGAACCAGACUUACGAGGAACGGAUUAAAACCGAGGUCGAUCAUUUUCAGAAACAGUGCGAUAGGAAAGAAACGGAGAAUAACAAUGAUGGUAAGAUGAAGAAAAGCUUCAACGAUCUUCGACGCUUCGACGGUGAGAGCGAAAUAAAGGAUAAGAAAACAAUGAGGAAUUACGAAACGUCGUGUAAUGCGAAAAACAAAACGACGAAUGACUCUAAAUCGAGCAACAGGCAAUUGGACGGUGUAUCCCAAAGACAUAAUUCGAAAUAUAGAAGCGAAGUGGAAAAAAGAAAGCUUCUUCGUAGAUCGGCCAGUCACGAUUACCUCGAAUCAAGUGCUUCCAGUUCGCGAUCGAAAAGAUCUAAUAAAAGCAGAAUAGAAAAUCACAUCAGGAAAUUCGAGAGUUUGAAUUCUUUCGACGAGCAUCGAAGUCUCCAGAGUUAUGAGAGACACGGUAGCUCGGAAAAUCUAAGCAAGCAAGAACAAUUCUUUGGAGAAGAGAAUUCGAGGAAUAGAAUGCGCAGAUCGGAAUCGUUCCAUCAUGUAUCUUAUAUCGCUAAAAAAGACCAGUGUUCCUCGCAAGGUGGAAGCGACAGUGGUUUAUUUUAUGUCACAGAUUUCAAUCUUGAACCUCUGAUAACGCGAAAACCAAAAUCCAUCGAGGCACCAAAAUCUCCUAAUCUAUUAACCAAAUCUUUGGAUAGAAUUGAUGAAGGUCUGGAUUCGAUGAUCGAUAUCGUGAUCAUGGAAGAGAAAAAUCAAUGGAAUUCGAAUAAAUAUCAAUCCAAGACGAAAAAAUCUCGAGAAGAGAGAACACUCGUUAGAUCGAAGUCGAGUAGAUUAGAAGAAUCAAAAAGUUGUUGCGAAUUGGGAUCCAAGGGAAGGAGAGAAGAAUCAAAGAAUAAACAUUUGAAAAAUGAUGAAUUUUAUUCCGGACAUGUAAGCAAUAAGCAAUUAAGAAGUGAUGAAUUGUACGAAGAACAAAGAAAUCGAGAAUGGAAUAAGUUAAACUCUUCGAGUAAAAACAACGAAUUAGAUUUUGAUUGUUGUACUCCAAUGAUACUAAUAAAGAAUGGAGUGAGACACAAUUCGUUCAGUCAGAAUGAAAAUAUUGGUAAUAGAUUUUUAAAUAAAUCAAUGGAUUCAGGGAUUUUCGCUGGACGAACUUAUGAUACGUUUGGAUUAGGAAAAAGUCGAUUUAAUGCUGGAAAAUAUUCGGGAAAUCAACAGAUAAAAGAAAGUCCAAUUGGAAGACGAAACACGGCUUCUUCUUCAAAUGGAAAUCGUGCAAAAGUUACUGAUAUUGUUUCAGGGCUUUAUUAAAAGUAAUCUUUAAAUAAUUAGGAUUAGAUCAUCUAAUCCUGUUCAUAUCCUCAUGUCAGUCUAUGAGGUAUUGUAUAUACUAUAUAAUAGAAUAUAUUCUUGUAUAGAAAUCA